GCCUCGGGGUUUAAGAUGGCCAUUCCUGGUGUCGCGCGUGCACCACGAAGGAGUGUUUCAUCGCCACGUAGUCUCGCGUUUGCGCGGAUUUUGUGAGUGUGAAAUCACUGCGAACGUGUUAGUGACGCUUUUGUUACGUUCUUUGAUUAUCAUAUUGUUUCCCGAAAACUGUACAUGACAUAGCAUUGUGUGUAGAAUCGAGACGAGCGUUCGUAAUCGAAGUAAUCGGCGUCAGUGACGCUUCCAUGAUGCUUCGGUGAUACAUUCGCUAAUGUCGGCUUAGUAUCAUCCCUCUUUUCGAUAUCUUUAUUGGGUCAUAUGAGACAAUUUUAAACGUACUUGUUUACGUUUUGUUUCGUGAUUUAUUUCUCAUCUGGAUAAACUUCAUCGUUGACGCAGGUGCCAUCAGUUACAUUCUAAUAAAUCGCUCUUCUAAAGACGUGCCAAUUCGCAAGAUGAGCAGGAGCAACGAAAGUAGUAUAUCACUGGCAACACCACCGGCAAUUCACGUUGGACCCAUUGUCACGCCUGGAUCCAAUGAGACAAUCUCCAUUGUGAUACCGUUAUCAGCACAGUUGACCACAAUGGCCAACCAGAAGGUGGACAAAAAUUGUAAGGAUUGCAGCAAAGACACAAAACGACCAGCUGCCACCAAUCCUAAUCGAAAGAACGACAGGACGAAAGGCUGUCCCUUUUCCACUUGCGCGCGUUAUGGACGAGCGUUCUCCAGGGCACACGAUCUGAAGCGACAUAUAGCUCGGCACGAAAUGCGUAAAGAAAAACUGCAUCAGCCCGACCAAAAGGUCGACAUGGAAAACUCUGCGAGUGAUGCGACUCUACGGCGUGCUCUUCUGCGCGGCGUAGAGGACAAGAGUGGAUGUCCCUAUCCUCGUUGUAAGAAGAGAUACAGCGAUGAAGAUAAACUCAAAGCUCAUGUGGCCUCACAUGGCAAAAUAAAGAACAGCGAUUUGAAAUCUGAGGAACAUAGCAAGAGCCUUCAAGAAAAUCAAGAUAAAUCCUCGACGCCCAAGGAUACCGAAGAUGAAUUUCUGCUGGAAGAGAUGCUGUUGUUGAAAAAAAGGGCGGACAAGAACGACUCGAAGAUCAGAUGCAAUUACUGCUCGAAAACUUUCAAAACCAAGUGGACCCUGAGCUCACACGUGGCCGCUCACGAAGGCCGUUUCCAGUUUGAUUGCAGUCAAUGCGGUAAGAAAUUCGUCAGAAAAAGUCAUUACGAAGGUCAUAUACGCUCCCAUGAAGCUGCCAGACCUUAUGUCUGCGAGCAAUGCAAUAAAGCAUUCAAAGAAGAAAAGCAUCGUCGCGAACAUGUCAAAAGAAAGCACUCGAGCAAUCAGAGUGCAAUACAGAGCUUGUUGGAUAGCAUCGGACCGUGUGCGGCUGAAGAGACAAACAUCGAUCAAGCCAAGUUCACUUUGCUGAUGCCGGUGAACUUUGGCGCGUAAAACAAUCGAAAAGGCCUUUGCCGCCUUGAAAGCUUACUAUUACUCCUUCGACUUUGAAUCGUCAAAGGUUGGAUUUCCUCGAUCAAUGGUAUUUUCUUGGAAUUUUUGGUGUUUGAAAGAGAUUGUAUAUCCUCAGAAGAUCCUCAAAAUUUUGAAUAUUCAAGAGAUAAAAUUCUUAGUACUUUAAAUGCUUGGUGUGGAUGGUUAAAUUUAAAAAGUGAAUAUUUAAAAUUUUGGGUUGAAAGAUGACAAGGCUUCAAAGAAAGCUCAAAACUUUUACUACGUGAUAAUUAAGAUUCUUUGAAUUUGAAUUUGAUGUCGAUGAAAGUCGAUGAAACUUGAUAUACUUGUAACUUUGUAUCCCUUAAACUGUGAAUAUUUAGCACUUAGAAAUUUUCAAUUUUUGAAACUUUAGCAAUUUGCAAUCGCAGUGAAUAUUAUAUAUACAUAUAUAUAUAUAAUGAUUCAAAAAUAAAGAGACCAGAUAACAACUUCAGAGUGAAUAACUAAAGCUUGAUUGAUCUUACAGUGACAAAUCAAAAUCAUGUGAACAGUGUGCUAAUUAUAUUCAAUUUAUUAUUCUAUACGUCACGAGAAAUGUCAAACAAAAAUAAAUCUUGAACCAUUGAA